AAAUUUAGUAAAUUAGAAGAAGCAGAAGGGCAACACAGUAAGAUCAAAUUCAAUCAUCUUCUCAUCUUUUAUCUGCGCAGUUAUUCCGCUUCUCUCUCCUUCUCUUCGGCUCACACAUUUCAUCAAUCGAUUUGCAGCAUCCUAAUCUCGCUCAGAUUUUCUCGAGAAAGGGAAAAUAAAUAAUUAAAUAAAACAAUAAUAAUAUCUUUUCUUAUUCGCAAAACGCCAUCGUCGCGGCCGUAAAUUGAAAUUAGGGUUAGGGUUUUCAUUUUGUCUUCGCCCGGAAAAUAAAGGGGGAAGAAGAAAGACCAAGAAGAAGAAGAACCGUUCCUUUAUGAUAGAAAAGGUGCCUCUGGUCAUCGUCGCGGUGUUAAUCUUGGUGGUGCAAUCCUCUGUAGCGUUCCACGGUAGAAACAGAAUCAUGAAGGUCCACCCUGUUCCUCGAAAACGCAACAUCUCUAUCCAAUUCGGCGGCGACGGGGGGAAUCCGAUGUCGGAGGCUCAGGCGCUGUUGGGGAUCGCCGGGAAGAAGCUCCGGCGACUCCCGCACGUGUUCAGCUGCGUGCUGGAGCUUCCCUUCCGCUCCGACGCCGACGUGGCGGUGGAGGAGGCUCCUAACUUCUUCCGGUUCGUGGCGGAGACUGACGGAAUCGGCGACGUGAGGGCGCACACGGUGGAAAUCCACCCCGGCGUGACGAAGAUCGUGGUGAGGGAGGGUGGCUCGGUGGAGCUCUCGCUCGACCAGCUGGAGCUCGAUAUGUGGAGGUUCCGGUUGCCGGAAUCGACGCGGCCGGAGCUCGCGAGCGCGGUGUUCGUCGAUGGCGAACUCAUCGUCACGGUGCCGAAGGGGCAUGAAGAGGAGAAUGAUGGGGAUGAUGAUAGAGGCAUGGGCGGUGGUAGACUUGUGCUUGUACAGUGAUGGAUGAAUGAAUGAAUGAGAGUGGGUGAGGUAAUGAAUGAUUCUUUUUUUAACGCCUUGUUGCCUUUCCAAACGUGGCCUUGUUAGUAUGUCGGUUAGAUUUCAGGUUGUUGUUGGAAGUUGGAACUAGUUUCUCUGUGAAUUUUAUUGUUGCUAUUGUUCUAUCAGGAACAAAAAUGUUCUAUCUGGAAAAUGGUUUAUUCAUCAUGGCAAUGGCAAUUAUCCAAAACAGGUGUAACUGAGGCGUGUUUUGAUUUCCAGUUCUUUC